AUUGGAAGCCUUCAGGUGUUAAAGAGAGCGAGGAAGGGGUCGUGGAGGGGUAUUUGGGGUGAUUUGAGAGGGGCUUCGUUCAUUUUGAGAGAGGACUUCCUUCAUUGUGAGAGGGGGCUUCCUUGAAGAAGGGUAUCAAAUCUUAGAGUAGGGGCUGCCAUAAUUUCAUUUUUCAAAAAAAAAGCCCCAUAAAGGUGCUGAGAAUUAAUAGAGUGGCGCUCUCCAUAAGCCAGGAAGGAUCUUGGGCAUCUUCCAUGUGGGUUUAGGGGGAGUCUGUAACGAUCAUGCCAGGUUUAGGUACCUGGGGUAGGUGACAGUUCAGAAGAGAAGGCUUCAUGGUGGGAUAAAAAGAGAGGCUGAGUGCCCAGCAGCUGAAGGCCACACCCGGAAACCCAUCCUUAUUGGGGCUGAGGAGGCAUUUCAGGAGCAAAAAUUGAGGAUGGACUUCGUUUCUUGGCGCCCAUUCAGGUUGUUCCUAGAAGCCAUAUGGACUUCUUGGGUGUGAAUUUGUAAGAGUGUAAUCCCUGUGAGUUGAUGAAACGGGUCGCCUCCGAUCUGCGUCGCUUGAAGGGAAACAACGUUUCCUCCGGGAUCGUCUCCCGAGUCCUUUUCCUGUCUCUUUCUCGGUGUGGUUUUUUUCAUCCAGCGUCUCUGAUGCCAGAACAAGGCCCUAGGAUGAACGGUUUCUCUCUAGGUGAGCUAUGUUGGCUCUUCUGCUGCCCGCCUUGCCCCAGUCGCAUAGCGGCCAAACUGGCUUUUUUGCCCCCGGAACCCACCUACACUGUGAUGCAACUAGAACAGCAAGAAAGCGCUGCUACGGUGGGGACGCCGACCAGCAGCUGUAGCCUCCAUUUGACUGAACGGGCCGACUGGCAGUAUUCCCAACGAGAACUGGAUGCCGUUGAAGUCUUCUUUUCGCGCACAGCCCGGGAUAAUCGGCUCGGGUGCAUGUUCGUUCGCUGUGCUCCUUCCAGCCGGUAUACCCUGCUUUUCUCUCAUGGCAAUGCUGUCGACCUGGGCCAGAUGUGCAGCUUCUAUAUUGGCCUCGGCUCCCGCAUCAACUGCAAUGUCUUCUCCUAUGAUUACUCGGGUUAUGGAGUCAGCACUGGUAAACCAUCGGAAAAAAACCUCUAUGCCGACAUCGAUGCAGCUUGGCAGGCUUUAAGAACAAGGUAUGGUGUCAGUCCUGAAAACAUCAUUCUGUAUGGACAGAGUAUUGGAACUGUUCCCACGGUAGACCUGGCAUCUCGGUACGAGUGUGCAGCUGUGAUCCUUCAUUCACCUUUGAUGUCUGGAUUGAGGGUAGCUUUCCCUGACACCAGAAAAACAUACUGCUUUGAUGCUUUCCCAAGCAUUGACAAGAUUUCAAAAGUCACCUCUCCCGUUUUGGUGAUCCAUGGUACUGAAGACGAAGUCAUCGAUUUUUCCCACGGUUUGGCAAUGUAUGAGCGAUGCCCCCGGGCUGUGGAGCCCCUUUGGGUGGAAGGGGCUGGCCACAAUGACAUAGAGCUCUAUGCACAAUACCUAGAACGACUAAAACAGUUCAUAUCUCACGAACUUCCUAAUUCUUGAAGACACCUACAGUACUUGAUAUACUUUUUUUUUCCUUUCAUUUUUUCCCUUUGCUUUUUAUUUUUUUAUUUUUUACCUCAUUUAACUGUGAAUAGAAGAAUUUACCUGUUUUUGCACAUGCAUUAACUGGAUUAACUGUCAUAGCUUUAUACUAUGAAGAAAAAAGCCCUUUGGAUAGGGCGAGAUCCAAUCAAGUCUUGACUGUCUCCCUUUUUUAUAUCAGGAAGCUAUUCUAAUGGCCACUACUGUAACCCACACAAUAUUUUGUACUUUUCCUUACACUAGAAGCGCUGGCGAUGUAGAAGGACAUUGGAUGAACGUGAGGACACUAUUUAAUCUUAAGAGCAGGAUAAUAUUUCCACAUUUUCCUAUCCUGCCCUUCAGGUAGCUCGUCUUAGAUAUCUGUAUGUAUAGGGAUUUUCUUUUUCUCCCCCUGCCCCCCCCCCCUCUCUCUCCCUCUUUUUAAAAUCUUCCCAUGAUCUGGAAAGCAAAGGGCCUGGAUCGCAGCUUCAGUCUCGGAGCAUUUCCCAUGUCACAUUUUCAAACUGUUGUUAUUGUAACCGGAAAGGGAUUUUGUGGUGAUUUUUCAUUGUGUUUCUUAGGGGAGCAUUUGGGGUGACUUUUCCUUCCUAACUAUAAUGUUGAAUGAAAAAUUUCUGGAGAAUGCCCACAGUUUGGUAACGCUGAAGCAAUUCUCGAGCAGCAUUUCAAUUGUCUUUUUUUUUCUUUUUUUGCAAAUUUACAAAAUGAAAUACUUGGAAAGUUAUAAUAACUACACGGACAUGAAUUCUUUUGAAAACAAUAAAAACUGGAAGAAAUGUACAAAUUUACUAAUCCCAUUCCUAAAAUAAUGUUCUCAAUCUUAAAUAAGAGCCAGCUUUGGCAGUUACAUGUGUGACUUGCAUUCCUUUUAAAGGUUUUUUUUUUUUUGAAAAAAAAAAUAUUGUAUAUAAGUGGGUUUCCGUUAAUGCAUAACUCCCGGCGAUUUAUAAAAUUUAAGUCUAGUUAACAAAUUCUGGUAUAUGAGUAUGUUUUGUUAUAAGUUUUUAUCCCUGCCUUGCUUUGCUAUUAAAAGGUUUUAUAAGAUUACCAGACCAACUAACAAAUUGCACAUUCGUUUUUUGAUGAAUUUGCCUAACUCUUUCAUUGAAACUGGUCCUUUUUUUUUGUUGUUUGUUUGUUUCUUUGGGGAAUUUUUUUUUCAUUCUGACACUGGAAUUGCACAGAAUAUGCAAAACACUCUUUAAAUCAUUACACUAAAAGGCCUAAAGUUUUGUCCCCAAGUUUAACGGCCUUAAAUGUACUGUAAGCCUUUGAUUGUUGUACAAACAGAUUGCAAUUGAUUAUGGUUUGUGUAUUUGUUGCCAGAACGCAACAACAGUGGUUGUAAUGGAAUAAAGGAUGCAUGGAAUAGAGA